UUAGUGAUUGACUUGCUUUGUACAGGGCCUGGAAUGUAGCCAAUGUAAUGAAGAUGAAAUUGUUUUACAUUCUCAAUGUUUCAAGCAGAACAUGUAAUUUGUUGUUAAACAAACGAGGAAAAGUACCAAAAACAAGGAAAAAUGUAUUAUCCGAAACAAGAAAAACGUACGACGUAGCAGAAUUUUUUUAUGCGUCAGUGCGUAAAUCCUGCCGGAAGUGUGUUGCUUGCAAGUAUGCUUUUUUAGAAAAAUGGCGACCGACAAAAUAUAUAUGUUUACGGCUACUAUUGUGUUAUUUUUGUUAUUUCUCAGAGAAAGCCAUUGCAGGUUACAUCAUCUUAAACUCAAGGAUGACAUUCGACAGAAAGUCCACCUGAACACUUUUGGCUUCUACAAACAUGGUUACAUGAUAGUGAAUAUGUCCAGUCUUACCCUUACUGGGGAGGAUCUGGACAAGAUUGACAGCUCCACGGUUGGAUUCAGUCUGGAUAGGACAAGCAGCAAUGGCUUCUCUACGUAUUUAGAUGAUCAAGAUCUGGACUACUGUGUCCUUAAGAAGUCUCCCAGCAGUGACGUCGCUGUGGCAUUGCUGUUAUUUGACUUCAAGAAAAAUGAGGUGAAGAUGAAGAUGUCAUCUGAGGAGAAUGUGUUCCCUGACAUCCUCCCUGGCCUCAAAGAGACAAUAGGCAUUGAGACUGGAGCUGACCAACAGAAACAUGUAAAGGGGAAAGAUGACACAAACCCUGUGGGAGACCAUGGUGAUGGUGAGAGUAAACCCAAGCGGGAUGUUGCAGAGAAAAAGUCUGAAGUGCCUUUUCCACUCCAUAGAAACAAAGAAGUCUUCUCCUUUCAGUUUCACUUCAACGUCAGCACAGACGAGCAGCAAGGCCUGUACAACUUCUACUUCCACAACUGCUACAGCAAAGACACUCAGAUGGUUAACCCCCUCCGCUUCAGCAUUGAAAUCAACAUCGAGGAGAAGAACCCCAACAGCUUCCUGUCUGCUGGGGAGAUCCCCCUGCCCAAGCUCUACAUCAUCAUGUCUAUGUUCUUCUUUUUCCUCGGCACACUGUGGUUGCACGUUCUCCGCACUCAGCGUGCUGAUGUCUAUAAAAUCCACUGGCUCAUGACUGCUCUCCCCUUCACCAAGUCUCUAUCACUCAUCUUCCACGCGAUUGACUACUACUACAUCUCUAACCAGGGCUUCCCCAUAGAAGGAUGGGCUGUGGUCUACUACAUCACUCACCUACUGAAGGGGGCACUCUUAUUCAUCACCAUUGCUCUGAUAGGGACCGGCUGGGCUUUUGUCAAGCACAUCCUCUCGGAUAAGGACAAGAAGAUCUUCAUGAUUGUCAUUCCACUACAGGUGCUGGCCAACGUGGCGUACAUCAUCUUAGAGUCCACAGAGGAGGGCACAACGGAGUACGGCCUGUGGAAAGAGGUGCUCUUCCUGGUGGACCUGCUGUGCUGCGGCGCCAUCCUCUUCCCCGUGGUCUGGUCCAUCAGACAUUUACAAGAGGCCUCAUCAACAGAUGGGAAAGCUGCUAUCAACCUUGCCCAGUUGAAGCUCUUCAGGCACUACUAUGUGAUGAUUGUAUGCUAUAUUUAUUUCACCCGUAUAAUCGCAAUUCUCAUCAAGUUCAUUGUUCCCUUUCAGUGGAAGUGGCUGUACCAGCUAUUGGAUGAGCUGGCCACGCUGGCAUUCUUCUUCCUGACGGGCCAUAAAUUCCGCCCGGCCUCCUACAACCCCUACCUGCUGCUCUCUGUGGAGGACGAUGUGGAGAUGGAGGAAGUAAUAAUGACCUCAACGGCGAUGGGGGAUGGAGUGAAGAAAGUGAAGAGGAGUGCAAAUGGACCGACGGAAGAGCGGGAGAGCAUGGCCUGAUGGGAGAUGUAGUACCCGAGCUCAGCCAAAUACAGCAUCUCUGGACUAUGUGGUCACAAGUGUGGCGACGGACACUCAUUGCCCAGACAUGAAUUCUUAACCCACUUCACUUGAGUGUGGGUAGCAGCCCAAUAUUAACUGGGGAACCCCCAACUAUGGUUUAACAAUGGUGGUUCCAACUGUAUCUAUGUGUAUGUUAAUGUAUAUCAAUGAAAUGACCCUCUGAAUCAGAAUUAUCCUUUGAUGUUAGAGUGAAGGAAAUGUGGGGACUCCAAGUAACUAAGUCCACAAUUCCUUGUCUGUUUUAAUUGAUACACUGAGGCUGCUGUGCUUGGUAAUUAUUUCUCUUUGUUAUUAUUUAUUUUCUAAUGUACAUGCAGCAUGAUAUCUCCUGUGACUCGCCAUCUGCCACACACACUCACAACCAGAUACAUUCUGAUGAGACAAUGUCAAAAGCCAGUGGUAAAAACACUAUAUUUAUUUAUCCCUUCUUGCAAACCAUAAAGUGGGAAAACUUAACUUAUAGUUUUAAUGAAAUACAGCAUCUCACAAACUGAUGGAUCACUUUUUAAAAUAUAUUUUGUAAGUUAUUUGUGUUGUGCAUCAGAUUAUUGCUGUUUUCCCUAUUCUUCCUUAAUUUGUGGUGCUUCAUCUGCAGUGGAGUGGUACUGUGACUUAUGUUUGUGAGAUGCUUACAGAUGCCCAUUUGGGUCAAGGUUCCCUGCCUCGUGUGAGUCUAGCUUGUGGGUUGCAAUUUGUUUUGUCAGCAAGUCAUUUUCAGGGAAAAAUCCAUUGGCCCGUCAAGUUUUAUUUUUGGUAGCAAUGAAACUUGUCUAACUGCUUGAGAAACUGAGGCGCCAUAUAGAAUAUCUAAUAUCUUGAUGUACUUUUACUUCUCCAUAUACCAACCAUAUGGUCAGAGGUGACUGAUAAAUGUAUUUAAAGUCAGUAUGGCCAAAGCGGAAGACCACAUCUUCAGUGGCGGAGAGGGGUAUACUGACCGAUGAUGCCAUUAUUUGUUGAUCAAGAUGUUGCUAUGUCUAUAUUUUGUUUAUAUAACAGUAAUGCAAAACACAUUGGCCUCCAGACCAGAAAGCAAUGGGAGAUAGAUAAUUAUGUUUGCUGAUGUUUGAUGUUGCACAUAAGCUGUGUUUGUUUAAAGACUCCAUAUAUCGAUAAAUUACAAAAGGAGAUGAACAACCAUGUAAAUACUUUAUCCUCUGUUCAUAAAGGCUUUUUUGAUCCUCAA